AUGUCAUCUUUUAUGUCUCAAAACCAAACAUCAUUCUCUUUUCCUGGGGUAUUCUCGACAGCUUCUGUGCCACAGACAGAAUUCGAACACGAGGGCUCAAAAAUCGAUCACAGCUUCCAUGACAUUCCCUCAACAGAUUCAAGCUGGUCGUCAAACACACUAAAAGCAAAAUCACAAACAAAGUUAGAAGAAAUCAACCCUUCCAUGGCUUCAUUGAGUCUCACAACGACUCCUUUUGGUGUACUGUUACCAGUUUGUCUCCUGGCAGUUUUUCUUUCAUGUGUUGUUUGCGUCUACCACUGGCACGGCGUCAGAGAACGAAGAUUAGACUUAGAAGACGAACGAAAGAGAAGAAGUCGGAUCGUCUCAGAUUUUGACGCUGGCUGUGGUUUGAGAACUUUCAAGCCUGUUGAUAAGAAGGUUCGAAUGUACCCAUGGAAGUCCACAAGAAUUCAAGACUUGCCUGACAUCAAUAACAACGAUGGAUUUGAGAUUCCCUACUAUCUAGGUGCGAGCAGCAAAGCAGGCUGUUACCAUGUUCACGGUCGCCGUCGUCCAGCGAUGGGUCACAUUUCAGAGCCUUACGAGAGGCCUGCAUUGAAAAGGAACCCCAUUCAUAAUAACACCACCGUAUCCACUCGGGAGCUAUCAGACACUCAAACCAAUAGCUGCGUAGUGGCUUCCAUAAAGAAUGAAAAAACUGGAUUGGAUGAUGACUGUUACGUCACUGGCAUACGAGAAGAAGUUAUUCGUUUGACGCACUUUGAUCUAGAGGGACAAGUAGUGGUGCAAACAGUUAAUGGUUCCUUGUUGGAAUACUGGGUGUAA